UGCUGAUUCUGAACCUAUGAGUUCCACCAUGGAAGAAUGCAAAAGCUCUAGCAAGAGUUUUGAGGAAACAUGGUCUUUACUUCAGAAAGCUAUAAACAGAACCAUCAGUGUAGCAGAAGGGCUUGAUUCUUUCACAAGCAAAGAUUACAUCUCCUAUUAUACAAUUGUUUAUGAAUUGUGUACUGAGAAACUUGGAGAAGAGAAUGCCAAGCUGCUCUAUUUCCAAUACAAGAAGGCCAUUGAAGAUUACAUUAGUUCCAAGGUUCUUCCAUCUUUGAGAGGAAAGAAAGAUGACAUUCUGUUGAGAGAACUGCUCACAAGAUGGUCCAAUCACAAAACUUUGACUUACUGGCUCUUAAGAUUCUUUCAUUAUCUUGACAGAUACUAUCUCCCCAGAUUUGGGCACCCUUCUACUGAAGAAACAAGUUUGUUGUCUUUCUAUGACUUGGUAUUUGAUGAUGAGAUGAAUCAACAAGUAGGGGAUGCUAUAUUAUCCAUGAUUCAUGAGGAAAGUGCAGGAGAGAAGGUGGAUUGGAAAUUGAUUAACAGCAUUGUGGCUAUCCACCCAGAGAUUGGAGAUAGAUCAACCAAAAACCAUGCACAAGGCUUUGUAGAAAGACUUGUUAAAGACAAUGUUGCAUUCUAUUCUGAUGUAGCUUCAAAUUGGAUAGCAAGCUCUUCCUUUAAGUUUAAGGAUCACACACCAAAGGAAGAGAAAUUACAUGAGAAUCCAAUAGUUUCAUCAAAGAGAAUAAAAAUGGUGAGUUCUGAUGGAGAUGUGUUUGAAGUGGACUAUAAAGUUGCAGUUAUGUCACAAACAAUUGAAGAUGUCAUCAAGGCUAAUCCUGCUGCUGCUAGUGAUGAAAUUUCAAUUUCUUUAGUGAAUAGCAGAACACUGAAGAAGGUGAUUGAAUAUUGCAAGAAGCACACUACUGAAUCUGAAUCUGAAUCUGAAUCUUCUUCCAAGUGGGAUGAUGAAUUCUUGAAGGUUGACCAACCAGAAAAACUGUUUGACCUGGUUUUGGCUUCAAACUACUUAGACAUCAAGAGUCUUCUGGAUCUCACAACCAAUAAAAUAGGGGAGAUGAUAAAAGGCAAGAGUCCAAGUGAAAUCCGCAAGAUCUUCAACAUUAAGCAAGAACUAACCCCUCAAGAGGAACAAGAGAUAAAGAACGAGCACGCCCAAGCAUUCCAAUAUUAAUACUAUAGUUUAAUUUCCAUUCGCAGCGCAAAAGUUUAUUUUGAAUAAUUAUUUAUGUUAUCAAUAUAAAAGAUAAUUAUAUAAUUAGAUUUUCAUGUGAUUUUAA